GGCGGACGCGCUCGCGCCCCGCUCUAUGGUCCGCGCGGCCGCCGCGGUGCAUUGUGGGCGCGUGGCGGAGCUAUGGCGGCGCUGUAGAGCCUGUUGGCGGGGCGGAGGAGGCCGCGCUGAGUUAAAAUGACGACAGCAGCAAGGCCGACGUUUGAACCUGCAAGAGGAGGAAGAGGAAAAGGUGAAGGAGACUUAAGCCAGCUAUCCAAACAAUAUUCCAGCAGAGAUCUUCCUUCUCAUACUAAAAUCAAAUACAGGCAGACCACUCAGGAUGCUCCUGAAGAGGUGCGUAACCGUGAUUUCAGAAGGGAGCUGGAGGAGAGAGAACGGGUCGCUGCAAGAGAGAAGAACAGAGACAGACCAACCAGAGAACAUACAACAUCAUCUUCUGUGUCUAAGAAGCCUCGGCUAGACCAGAUUCCUGCAGCAAAUCUUGAUGCAGAUGAUCCGCUUACGGAUGAAGAUGAUGAAGAUGAGGACUUGGAAGACAGUGAUGAUGAUGACACUGCAGCUCUUCUGGCUGAACUGGAAAAAAUCAAGAAAGAACGAGCUGAGGAACAGGCUCGAAAGGAACAAGAGCAAAAGGCUGAAGAAGAAAGAAUUCGGAUGGAGAACAUUCUGAGUGGUAACCCACUGCUGAACCUAACCGGCCCAGCACAGCCUCAGGCAAACUUCAAAGUGAAGAGGAGGUGGGAUGAUGAUGUUGUCUUCAAGAACUGUGCCAAGGGGAUAGACGAAACAAAAAAGGACAAAAGAUUUGUGAAUGAUACUCUGCGAUCAGAAUUUCACAAAAAGUUCAUGGAAAAAUAUAUCAAGUAGUACAGUUUUAUGUGGAGUGGUGCGGAAGGACUUGGAAGGUCAUGGUUGUUUCCUCCCUUUCCCUCAGAAUUUAAGUCUGAAUAUUUGGUCGUGGAUUCCCAAAUCCUUUUCCAAGAUCAUCAGCAGCUUCACAAUUAAUAAUUGCUAUGUACCUGGAGUUUUUAUUCCUGCAUUAUGUGUUUUCCUUUUCAGUUUUAAUUAAACCCGUUUGUGUUUCAUGAAUGUUUUUCUGUUCGCGUGUGCUUACUUUUAUUGGCCACCUUGUAAACUGUAGAAGAGAGAAACUGAUUUGCAAUAAACACUGCUGAUCCUUUAAA